AUGAAUACGCAGCAGGUAUGCGUCGAUGUCGAGCAGAUAUGGAAAAAGGUUUUCCAUACGUCGUAUGCACACUAUUUGUCGCAGGGCUUGGAGCCAAACGACGCAGUGGCUCAUGCCCUGCUAGAAAUGCAGCAGCUCGCAGCUGGUGGCGCUACGCCAACUAGCCCCUCGACAGUAAAUGCCACCCAUGACAACGUAAAAAUGGAGGAUGCGUCUCUUUUGUGUCAUGAGCCGGGUAUCAUAAUGGAGACGCUAAAUUUAGCGAUACCGCCUGCAUCUACGUCCGCCGAAUUGCCCCCGUCCAACAUCACCGGAGCUUUUACCGUUGACGCUACACCUUCUCCUUCUCCUGGGCAGAUUGCUGCGCGAUCUCUAUCGGGUGUUUAUAAGACAGAUCGUAAUAUGACUGCCACUGGUGAUGUAGCCAGAAUUGAAGCAAGUUUUGGUUUAACAUCGAUGACGACACAACUGGAAAAAGUUUUGACGCUUGCACUAGAGACCAACGAUUUCCGUGUAGCAAAAAGUCUAGUGUAUCAGGUUUUCUCUGAUCCAAAGGCAAUAAGUGCGUUGUUUUUAAAGAGAAGUGAGAGUGAAGAAAUAAAUGAAGAUGAAGUCGGAAGGCAGUGGUGGGGCAUUGAUCGGGACCAGGUACAGCGGGUAUUCUCGCUUUUAAACGCGGCAAUGACGGGAAUCGACCAGAAGGCGAUGCAAAACACAUUCAAAAAUGCACUAGAGAUGCUAGUUACGCAACCAUGGAAUGUUUGCUCAACUUGGCAUGCUCCUUAUGCUUUGCGUGGACUGUGUCGACUAUUCUAUUACCUUUCCGAAAAGGCCAAGGCCCUCCUUCGCGCGCAGUGGUUAGCAAAUUACUCUGCUGAUGAAUUGCAUCGGCUACUUGACAUUCUCCAGCAAGCAAUCACAAUUUGUCUCUAUGGCUCUCGCAAAAUGGACUUUGUAUAUGCAGCAUGUGGUGUGCUUGCCGAGCUUUAUAUCGUAAAUCUAGAACGUAUGAAAAUUUCGAAGCCUUUCGCUACAUACGAUGAGUUUUAUAAUGACGCGAUCAAUUCAGAGGAAGCGCGUCAGCGGGAGAUGCCCGAAAUCAUUGCGGGAGAAAUGGGGCAAGACGAAGCUGAUCGAGAAGAAAACCGCAUGCCUGAACGUCAGCUAUCGGAAAUGUCGUUUUGCGAUUUUCCUUUUGUAUUAGAUGCAGCAUCAAAGAGCAAAGUUUUACAGAUCGACUCGGACAUCGAGCAGCGUGCACGUGCACAAGAUGCUUUUUUAUCUCGAUCGAAUACAGAAGGUAUGCCUUUGCCUUAUUUAGUUUUGAAAGUAAGACGUGAGAAUUUUGUGGAGGAUGCAAUGCAACAAAUUGUUCGUUUGUCGACAUCAGCUGAUAUUCUUAAAAAGCCGCUGAAAGUCAAAUUUGUUGGAGAGGAAGGGAUUGAUGAGGGUGGCGUACAGAAUUUUUUUUUCAAAUCCUCAUUCGACAACUGCUUGAUCCAGCAUAUGGCUACAAUGGAGUACGAGCUGAUUGGCACGCUACUAGGCCUUGCGAUCCAUAACGCCGUUAUUCUUGACGUGAGCUUUCCUCACAUCGUUUACAAGAAACUGAUGGGAUGUGCACUUGGACUACAGGAUCUAGAGUUAGCACUUCCGGAACUUGGACGGGGUCUGCGACAGUUGCUCAAUUUCAAAGGUGAUGUAAAAGAGGCGUAUCAGCGUAAUUUUGAGUACUCGUACGAAAUAUUUGGCAUGGUGAAAACGGUUGGGUUGAAGCCUGGAGGUAGCACCAUUUCCGUUGACAACGCUAAUCGCGAAGAAUACGUAGCUCUCUACGUGGAUUACGUGCUGAAUAAAUCGGUCACUCGACAGUAUACAGCUUUUCAUCACGGCUUUCACCAGGUCUGCAACAGCGAUGUGUUAAGUAUGUUUAGAUGGGAAGAGUUGCAAUUGUUGAUUUGUGGAAGCAGCGACUUGGACUUCAAAGCGCUUGAAGAGGCGACCCUUUACGAGGAUGGCUUCACAAAAGACAGCGAGAUAAUUCGAGCUUUUUGGGUCAUCGUCCAUGCCCUUCCAUUGAAAGACAAGAAGAAGCUUUUGCGGUUUGCAACUGGUAGCGAUCGUGUACCGAUUCGUGGACUUUCAAAUCUUGUGUUUGUUAUUUCUCGCAACAAUGGACCCGACUCUGACCGCCUUCCAACAGCACACACAUGUUUCAACCACCUGCUGCUGCCGGAGUACAGUAGUCGGGAUAAGCUUAAAGAGCGUCUUUUAAUAGCGAUAAACCAAGCUGAAGGUUUUGGACUUCGCUAA